UCUCGGCUCCAGGUGAAAUGCCACACUACAGUGCUUUGAAAUAUUUCCGGUUCGAUUUGAUUAUUUUAAUCAAACCGGUUGAAAAAUGAAAACUAGAAUUAAACCGGAGAUACUGCCGUUAUCUUAAAGCACUGACGUGGCGGAAAGCAUGAUCGGUGGUCUGAAAGACGCCACGCGCUCUCUUCCUCACCUUCCUGUCCGAGAAGAAGAAGAAGAAGAAGAAGUAUUGUAUGAUUCUUGGUUCGUCAAACUCCGAGAAAACAAUGGUUGCAUUAGCUGUUUCUUCCUCGGGCAUUACUUCGUUUCGCCGUCACUAUAGCUUCCAGUUACGUCGUCCACAAAACCCUCCGACUCAGGCAGCAGUUUCGUCUUCUUCUUCUUCGGCGGCUUCCCCUGGGUUUGAUUUGAGUACCCUCGAGUCCGCCAUUAACAAGAAAGAUAGUAGUGGCGUGAAGGAAGCUCUGGACCAAUUGAGUGAAGAAGGUUGGGCUAAGAAAUGGAGUUCUCAGCCUUACAUGUCGCGUCGUACGACGUCUCUUCGGGAGCUGACAAAUCUCGGAAUCAAGAAUGCAGAGAAUCUUGCCAUCCCUAGUGUCAGGAACGAUGCUGCGUUUCUUGUAACUGUUGUCGGAACAACGAGCGUCUUAGCUGUAAUUGCCGGCCAACUUCCCGGGGACUGGGGAUUCUUUGUGCCUUACUUAGUCGGGAGCAUAUCCUUGGUAGUUUUGGGCGUGGGAAGCGUUUCACCGGGGCUUCUUCAAGCUGCUAUUUCCGGGUUUUCGACAUUCUUCCCUGAUUAUCAAGAACGUCUUGCCGCACAUGAAGCAGCCCACUUCUUAGUGGCUUACUUAAUUGGACUUCCAAUCCUCGGCUACUCGUUAGAUAUUGGUAAAGAACACGUUAAUCUCAUCGACGAGAGGCUUGCUAAACUAAUAUACAGCGGUCAGCUUGACUCUAAGGAGCUUGACAGGUUGGCUGCUGUUGCAAUGGCUGGACUUGCCGCCGAGGGUCUGAAGUAUGACAAAGUGAUCGGCCAAUCUGCGGAUCUUUUCUCUCUUCAGAGGUUCAUCAACAGGAGCCAACCUAAAAUCAGCAAUGAACAGCAGCAAAAUCUAACUAGAUGGGCUGUUCUUUACUCUGCUUCUCUUCUAAAGAACAACAAGACCAUCCAUGAAGCUCUAAUGGCUGCAAUGUCCAACAAUGCAUCUGUUCUUGAAUGUAUCAAGACCAUUGAAACAGCUUCCUAGACUUGGCGCAGCUCUGUAUUCUUCACAUAUUCUUCACAUACAGUGAACAAUCUCUAAUUGUUUCUUUUGAUCAAUCCAAUUCCUCCGAGGACACUAAAUUAAUGUAUAUUGAUGUAAAGAAAACAAAUUAUAUAUAAGAUGCAAAAGUUUGUUUC